AUGCUUGCUCGAACCCUCCUCGCCGCAGCAAUAUGGCCGGCACUUGUCCUCGGCCAUAACAAAGCAUCCCAGAAGCAAGACCCUCUAAGUGGGGAUAUCGACAGAUCCUCUCGAUGGCAAUCAGGGUACACCUUCAGCGGGAUCCAGACAUUUGCGCAUUUACCGCAUGUGCAAUGUUUGGUCGAGCAGGAUGCUCCUUUCGAUCUAGCGGUGAUCGGAGUGCCGUUUGACACAGCUGUGGGAUAUCGGCCAGGCGCCAGAUUCGGUCCACGGGCUAUCCGAACCGCCAGUCAACGACAGGUUCCAUCGAGAGGAUUCAAUCAUGCACAGGGAAUCAACCCGUAUCAGAAUUGGGCUACGUUUGUCGAUUGUGGUGAUAUUCCAGUAACGCCAUUCGAUAAUGCUGUUGCUUUCAAACAAAUGACAGAGGCAUAUCGGGACCUCCUUCGUCGACCGGCAAAAACACAGCCAACGACCGCAACAGCAAGGGCUCUUGGGAAAGACGGUGUGUAUCAUCCUCGCGUGCUGAGUUUGGGAGGAGAUCAUUCUAUUCUCCUGCCGGCUCUGCGCAGCUUGCAUGAGAUCUACGGGCCUGUUAGCGUGUUGCAUUUUGACAGUCAUCUGGAUACGUGGAAUCCGUUGUCGUUGGCCGGUGAAUGGGCUUCGGAGCAAUCGGACUAUAACCACGGUUCAAUGCUCUGGAUCGCAAAGAAUGAAGGCCUCAUCUCAGACGAGGCAAACCUCCACGCCGGUCUGCGCACGAGGAUCUUCGGCAACGAUUACGGCGAUUAUGAUGAAGACGCGAAGCAGAAUUUCCAGUACAUUGAGACAGAGGAACUGGACGAAAUCGGCAUUGAAGGCAUCGCGAACCGCAUCAAAGAAGUAAUCGGUGAUGGAUACGUCUAUCUCAGCAUCGACAUCGACGUGCUCGAACCCGGCCUCGCCCCAGGGACAGGAUGUCCCGAACCAGGCGGCUGGACCACGCGGGAGCUGAAGGCUAUCCUGCGCCAGCUGACUUCGUUGAAUAUCGUCGGUGCGGAUGUAGUCGAGGUCGCGCCGCCGUAUGAUGAUCGUGGUGAGUCGACUGCUUGGGCCGCUGCUGAUCUUGCGUACGAGAUUUUCGGGUUGAUGGUUGGGAAUCCUUUGUAUCCUGUUGAAGGGUAUGUGGGGAGGACCACGCAUGCUGGACGGGGCGGGUUGAAAAGGGCUACGGGGAGGAAGGAUGAGUUGUAA